AUGCCGCUCAGCGCCGGCUUCCCCAGCAAGAACUACGACUACGACUAUGAUUCAGUGCAGCCCUACUUCUACUUCGAGGAGGAGGAGGAGAACUUCUACCUAGCGGCGCAGCAGAGGGGCAGCGAGCUGCAGCCCCCCGCCCCGUCUGAGGACAUCUGGAAGAAGUUUGAAUUGCUGCCCACGCCGCCCCUCUCCCCCAGCCGCCGCUCCAGCCUGGCCGCCGCCUCCUGCUUCCCCUCCACCGCCGACCAGCUGGAGAUAGUGACCGAGCUCCUCGGGGGGGACAUGGUCAACCAGAGCUUCAUAUGCGACCCGGACGACGAGUCCUUCGUAAAAUCGAUCAUCAUCCAGGACUGCAUGUGGAGCGGCUUUUCCGCCGCCGCAAAGCUGGAGAAGGUGGUCUCCGAGAAGCUGGCCUCCUACCAGGCAGCCCGCCGAGAGGGGGGCCCCGCCGCCCGCCCCGGGCCGCCGCCCGCCGGGCCGCCACCAGCCGGCCUCACCGCCUCCCCCGCAGCUUCGGCCGGUCUCUACCUGCACGAUUUGGGCGCCGCCGCCGCCGACUGCAUCGACCCCUCGGUGGUCUUCCCAUACCCGCUCAGCGAGCGGGCCCCGCGAGCCGGGGCGCCCGGCUCCAGCCCUGCGUCCCUGCUGGGCGACGACACGCCGCCCACCACCAGCAGCGACUCGGAAGAAGAACAAGAGGAGGAUGAGGAAAUCGAUGUCGUUACAUUAGCUGAAGCAAAUGAAUCUGAAUCCAGCACAGAGUCCAGCACAGACACAUCAGAAGAGCACAGUAAGCCCCACCACAGCCCGCUGGUUCUCAAACGGUGUCAUGUCAACAUCCAUCAGCACAAUUAUGCCGCUUCUCCCAAGGUUGAAUACCCAGCUGCAAAAAGGCUAAAGUUGGACAGUGGCAGAGUUCUUAAACAGAUCAGCAACAACCGAAAAUGCUCAAGUCCCCGCACAUCAGAUUCGGAAGAGAAUGACAAGAGGCGAACUCACAAUGUCUUGGAGCGCCAGAGGAGAAACGAGCUGAAGCUGAGUUUCUUUGCCUUGCGUGAUCAGAUACCCGAGGUGGCCAACAAUGAAAAGGCACCCAAGGUUGUCAUCCUGAAAAAAGCAACAGAGUACGUUCUUUCUAUCCAGUCAGACGAGCACAGACUGAUCGCAGAGAAAGAACAGUUGAGGCGGAGGAGAGAACAGUUGAAACACAAACUCGAGCAGCUAAGGAACUCUUGUGCAUAG